UUGGGGAGCUUGGACUGAGAAAAACAAAAUGAGACGGCAGUGUGCAGAGCAGACGGCUCGAGGAGGAUCAACCUCAAGGAACCAUCUGAAGACGCAGUGGGUCGCCCAGGAAAUCCCCUGGCAGUUGAAUACUUUGACAACUCUAGUUCUUAGUUUGAUGUUAUUUCGUUUUUUUUCUGGUUUUAUUUUCAAUGAGAACGUUACAGACGAAAAUAUCUUCAAUAGGCUACCGGUAGAAGCUUUUGGGGGCUAUUAGCUAGGCUACUUACAGUUUUAUCGACUGGUCUCCAGAAGUGAAGAUAAAAGAAACGGAAAAGGAAAGCGUGGGGAGACGGAAGGCAAUACAUACCUUGUACAAAACAACGACCUGUAGGAUAAAAAAAUAAAUCAUCUGUGCAUGUUAAUCCUAUCAAACAGAAAAUAGAAGUCUUCAGUCAAACAAAUAUGAAAUGACAUGCAUUUCAAAGCCAGCGCAGACAAACUGCUCUCGAAUUGCUUUUGUAGUUGACACGUUUUUUUAUAUAUAUAUAGUUGUAGUUUCUAUUUUUGUAUCAUUAUUUUAUUCCCAUAUAUGCGGAAUAAAAUAUCUUGCAAUGAGCCGAUUAAAAUAGUUGGUUUUGAUGUAACAAAGAUAUUUGCUAUGUUUAUUUGAGACAAUAAAAUAGAUAGAAUUACGACCAAAAAUAAAGUUUCAGCAAUAUAUCUAGUAGGCCUACUUAUAUCCUUCGGUAAUUGUAAUGCAAAGUUGAUGUGACAUAUAGGCUACACAAGCACUCUUGAUGUAUAGGCAUUACAUGCAUUGAAGACAAAGCAGAGACACCUGCCACUUUGUCCGGGACUUCGCGAGCUUCGAUUCCGCCACUGUUUUCUCAACAGGCUACACCAAAAAACAAUAACGGUCAAGUGACAGAACCUGAACAGAGAUCUUUUUUCCCGGUUGCAAAAUGUUGUUCUCCAAAGUGGACUAUAGCAAAGUUUCGGUCAGCAAACUACAGUGAGCUAUAUGAAGAUCGCGACACAGAUUUUCCCUCGCAGAAAUGCCCGUGCGAAUGCCAGUGCGAACCACAAGGUUCAUGUACAAGGGAAAUUGCACUAUUCCAGAUAUCCUAUCAUACCGGACACCCAUUAACCUGCCCGAGGAUGAGGUGGAAGAGAUCCGUGAGGCCUUCAAGGUGUUUGACCGAGAUGGAAACGGAUACAUCUCAAAGCAGGAGUUGGGGGUGGCUAUGCGGUCGCUGGGAUACAUGCCCAAUGAGGUGGAGCUGGAGAUUAUUAUCCAAAGGCUGGAUAUGGAUGGUGAUGGCCAGGUUGACUUCGAGGAAUUUGUUGCACUGCUUGGACCUAAACUUAUUGCUGCUGGGAUGCCUGAUAAGUUCCAUGGGGCGGACUUUGACUCUGUAUUUUGGAAGUGUGACAUGUCGAAGCUGACAGUGGAUGAGCUGAAGAGGCUACUGUAUGACACCUUCUGUGACCACCUCACCAUGAAAGACAUUGAGAACAUCAUCAUGACCGAAGAGAGCCACCUGGACAGUCAAGAGUGCCAAGUGGACAUUGACACCAGCCCAACACAACAGAAGCACACAUGUGUGCGGAAGAGCCUAAUUUGUGCCUUCGCCUUUGCAUUUAUCAUCAGCGUAAUGCUUAUUGCAGCUAACCAGAUGCUUCGUAGAGGUAUGAAGUAGAAAGCCCCGUCCUCCACUACCAGAAGGGUUGUUUCCUUUGUUAUCCUUUCACACUCAACCCAGUGACUAAGCAUAGACAAAUUGAACUGAUAGAAAGGAACCAAAAUAACAUGAUUUUUUUUUCAGAGACAUAUAUUUAAUGACCAUUCUGUUCUGAGAUCCAUUUAGAGCCAAAACACAGACUGAUACCAAAACUGUCAACUGGACAAAUGGAUAUAGGCCAGGAACCUGAGGAACAAAAUGUCUUGUUUACCCUUCACCAUUAGUUUCAGAUGUUCUGAAGGUUACCACCAAACACACUGUAUCACACACACAAAGAAAGAACACAUACUAAGCAAUUAUACAAUCUCUUUGAUUCAACUCACCAUAAUGUUGCCCUAUACCAUUUACAAGGUCAUUUAUUAGCCUUUUAUUUCCUAUGAGAUAAAUGAGUAAAGGUGUAGUGUCUGUGCUCUAUUGGUAACCAUGUUGUCUGAAACAUAUCGACAUUACUAAUGUAUAACAUUUUUUUUUAUUUUAUUUUUUAUUUAUUUAACCUUUAUUUAACCAGGUAGGCAAAUUGAGAACACGUUCUCAUUUACAAUUGCGACCUGGCCAAGAUAAAGCAAAGCAGUUCGACACAUACAACAACACAUAGUUACACAUGGAGUAAAAACAAACAUAUAGUCAAUAAUACAGUGAAAAAAAUAAGUCUACAGUAUAUACAACAUGUGGCAACACAUGUACAACAUGUGGCACUACAGCCUGCCCUUGCAAAGCACGUAGCCAACGGCAUUUAUUCUACAUACAUUUUUAUUCAACAGCACAUAAAGAACAUGCACAGUACAUACACAACAUAACUCUACAGUACCAACGGCAGUUUCUAAAGAAAGUACUCUACCUAUUGUAGAGAAUGCAUUUAGAGAUGUGGAGAUAUCAUUUGUGGAAUUUCGUAGACACCGAUAAUAAUAGUUGUCAUCAGCAAACCUGAGAUGCAUCUGCCAAUCUCUAUCUCUAGAGUCACUGUUCCGAUUGCUGGCUCACCCCAAUUCUACUUCUAAACACACAGCACAUGUACAUGUAAAUAAUACCAAGUAAUAUGAUUUGUGUACUUCCUCUGUGGUGUUUACCUUCAAAGUCAGAUGUAUUUAUUAAAAUGAUUAUGCAAAUGAUAGUUAUUAUUGCAAAAAAGUACAUCGUACAUGAACGUUUUCUGUAAAUAUUUCUAUUCUGUGAAUGUGGAGACAGUUUGAAAGGACAUUUAAAUGUAUGUUUUGUUUGGCUUUUGACAUGGUCCACCAAAACAACAUUAAGCUAUUAUUUAGAUUUUUACAUGGUUCUAUUUUCUUAAUGUAAGAAGAGAUGCUUUUUAUCAAAGAUCAAGAUAUCAAGAAUGCAAACAUAUACUCUUUUUUUUAAAUCAGGGUUCCAAUGUAUGAUUCCCAGGUUUACAGAAACUGGAAUAUCAUUCUAACACAAUUAGUAAUCUGUUAAUGGCCAUGUACUUAACAUUUUGCUCUUUUGUCAUAUUGCUUUUUUAGAAAUCUAUGUUUUCUCUUUAUCAUAUAUGAAGAAUUUAACUAUCAUUUUAAUGAAAUGCUAUAUAUAUUCUCUUGCUCUUUUUAUCACAAGCUGAAUCAAGUCUGUAUCAUACCAGAAAAUAGUAUAUCAAAUAGUGAAAAAGAACAGGGCUUGCAAUAGUCUACCUUGAUGAGGGUGACUAAAUGUUGCUCGGUUAUCUGUUCAUAUAUGAGAAAUAACUGUUUGACAUUAUAUGCAUUUGCGCAAAUGUGAAAUAGCCAAUGUAAUAGACAAUACAUACAAAAAUAGUAAAGCAAUGAUAUUGUAUAUGACCAAUGUUACAUUGCAUUAAUGAGGAGAAUAUGUUAAUGUACAGUUUGUUGAGAGUGAUCUGAUGUUUUUUCAUAUCCGUCAAUGUGUUGUCAUAUGAAGCAGUUUUGUUCUUUACAUGUGACUGUGAUCAAAGUCAAACAUAGUGCAGCUCUGAUACUUUGUGCCAAACGCGGGGGGAAAUGCACAUAUCAAUAAUUUCAGAAUAACAUGUUUUAGGGAUGAAAUAUUCUUGAUUGAAACAUAACUUGCAAACAAAUGUAUUUCUUAUCAGAAAUAAAUGUCUUACAAAUAAAAACUAACGCAAUAUACUGUAUACUGUAUGGACAUGGUGUAUAGAAAUGACCUCUCAUGUGAACCUUCAAGUGUCCUCGCACUGUCUGUUGUUGCCUUUGGUUAAACAUUCUAUGGCAUUCUUUCAGCAUCAGUAAUCUCAUCCUAUGCACUGUAAUUGCACAUAUGUACCCGUCACCAUAUCAAAUAUACAUUUAUUAACAUGAUGUCUGGAUGCAUGUUGUCCAAUAAACAAACACAAACGUAA